AUGAAGGCUAUCACAAGCAAGUUAACAUUAGCUGUCUCAUUGAUUAUAGUAGCACUACAAAGCACAAAUAAGAAUCUAGAAGCUACUAAUUUCGUCGAUGAUGGUACUACUGUGAAAACUACCCUUAACUAUAUUGAAUCUGAUGGCGGCAGUUUGCAGAUUGUGGGUCUUGAAAUGGAAAAGUCAAGGAAGUGUCUAAUAUCAAUUAUUGGGCAUAAUGAUGAGGUUAUGGGCUCAAAGAUAUUUGAUUAUAAGGAUGAUUUGUUGAUUAGCGAUGAUUUGAAGUUUCCUAUGGAAUUUGAUAAUUUUAUCGCCACAAUUGAUCUGGACACUAUAACACAUACAAUCAUCAUGAAAUUUAAUAUAAUAGUUCCUAGAAAUGAAGCAGAAGAAGCCAGAAAUAAUAGAAAUGAAGAAUUACAACCUCCAGUGCUGGACACAGGGAAAACAACUCUUGAAGAACAGGAAGUAAGAUCAAGCACUUUCAAGAGACCAGCUGAUAUGCCUGGUUUUGAAGAUGAAUAUGAAAUUACAGAGGAGUCCCGUGGAGUAAAUCCAUUACCAGGGCUAAAUAUUAAUCCAGGAAGAGGGACCGGAUAUGGUGACGUUGAUCUAUAUCCUAUGGGCCAGAGGAAUCCAUUCAACAUGGGGCCUAAUAAUCCUCUAGGAGGGCAGCAAGGCGGCAUGAUAUUUGAUCCAAUGGGCGAAGGUAAGCACAAAGGGGAUCAAGGCAGAGGACCGGGCUGGAUACCUGGUGCUAAAUUUGAUCAUCCAUUUGGCAGGCCAAGUGGUGAUAGUAGUAGUGGUGGCAGUGGUGGCUUUUUCCCUGGUUCAUCUGGUGGAUUUUUUUGA